AUGAGCGGCGGCGGCGACGACGUGGUGUGUACCGGCUGGCUGAGGAAAUCGCCUCCCGAGAAGAAGUUGAGGCGCUAUGCCUGGAAAAAACGAUGGUUUAUACUGCGGAGUGGCCGGAUGAGUGGAGACCCAGAUGUUCUGGAAUACUACAAAAAUGAGCACUCCAAGAAACCCCUGCGGAUCAUCAACCUGAACUUCUGUGAGCAGGUGGAUGCAGGUCUGACCUUCAACAAGAAAGAGCUACAGGAUAGUUUUGUGUUUGAUAUCAAGACCAGCGAGCGCACAUUUUACUUGGUGGCUGAGACAGAGGCUGACAUGAAUAAGUGGGUCCAGAGCAUUUGCCAGAUAUGUGGCUUCAAUCAAGCUGAGGAGAGCACAGCCAAGUCAGGCAGAAACACCUCGAUGGGUGGAGAGAGUGCCAGCUGGUCUGCUGAAUCUGUGAGUCACAAUGUUAAUUCUUUUCUGGGGCCAGGAAAGACUGCCGUGGGUCGAUCAAACAGUGCCAGCUCUGAUGACAACUACGUGCCCAUGAACCCCGGUUCUUCUACCCUGCUGGCUAUGGAACAAGUAGGAGACAAUUCCCAGAGUGUCUACAUCCCCAUGAGCCCAGGGCCUCAUCACUUUGACCCACUUGGCUACCCGUCCACAGCCCUUCCUAUUCACAGAGGCCCCAGCCGAGGAAGUGAGAUCCAGCCACCCCCAGUCAACCGAAACCUCAAGCCUGACCGAAAAACAAAGCCAACACCCCUUGACCUGAGAAACAAUGCUGUCAUCGAUGAGCUCCCCUUCAAGUCACCUGUCACCAAGUCUUGGUCCAGGAUCAACCACACCUUUAACUCCAGUUCCUCCCAGUACUGCCGUCCUAUCUCCACACAAAGCAUCACCAGCACAGACUCAGGAGACAGUGAGGAGAACUAUGUCGCCAUGCAAAACCCAGUAUCUGCAUCCCCUGUUCCCAGUGGCACUAACAGCCCAGCUCCAAAGAAGAGUACUGGCAGUGUGGAUUACCUAGCCUUGGAUUUCCAGCCGGGCUCCCCAAGCCCUCACCGCAAGCCAUCCACAUCAUCUGUCACAUCGGAUGAGAAGGUAGACUAUGUCCAAGUGGAUAAAGAGAAAACUCAGGCCCUGCAGAACACCAUGCAGGAGUGGACAGAUGUGCGACAGUCCUCAGAACCAUCCAAGGGUGCCAAGCUGUAAUGACGGGGGCCAUCGAGUUCAAGAGCCAUGAGGCAGCUGCCCUGACCUGCCUCUUCUGUCACCUCCUUCUCCAUUUCUUCCUAAACCUCCUCUCCCCUGUACCACUUUCAGCCUUCAAAGCACUCAACAUCAGGGACCUGACCCUUCCCCAUCAGAGGCAAGGGCCUGGUGGAGACACUUCCUCUGCCACUUGAGUUCCACCUAUGGCUUCUGUCAAUACUAGCUGUGCCUCCACCACCUUAGUUAGGAGCUGUUGCCAAAAAAAGCUUCCUGCUUUGGACCCAUUUGUCUGCUGCUUGGUCUCUCAGAGGGAGGGUUAAAGCUCUGAGCUAGGCUCAUAUCUCAUGUCUGCUCACCGCUGUCCACCCUCUACCUCAGGGCUGCUUCUCCAUCCCCAGCAGAGAAUGAUAACCUAGGGAGCCAAGAAACAGCAGACCAGAGUACACAUGGGCUUUCUGAUCUCUGCUAUUUUGGCAAGGAAAAGGCAAGGUGCCACAAGAAGGAAUGGUUGAUAGUGGAAGUCAGGAGCUGCCUUGAGUGAGGAAGAAGUUAGGUCCCCAGACGUGGGGGUGUAGCUGAUAACCUGCAGGGUGAUACUCAAUAUCAGGUGCACCCCUGCUGUAGACUGGGAGAAGAGUAUGAAGGACAGCUGGAAGGAAAACUGAUAAUGAUAAGCAACUAGGAACAAUAAAGAACAAAAGUCUUUGGGUGACAAAGCUUGGAGCUAGAGGACUCUGCCACUCUGGGACAGGCAGUCUUCUUUCCUGGCCCUGAUGAAGAGAUGAGACAGUGGGAGAAGAGACAGUAGCAGGUGAUAUGGGGGAUGGGAGGCAGGGGGAUCCUGGGACAGGAGUGUGUUAGGCACAGAGCAGUGUGGGGACACUGCCACAGAAAGAAAGUUACUAGUAGGUAGGAAGGUGCAGAGAUGACUUAGGGACCAGGAGGCAGGGAAGACAUGUGGCAAGUGGAGACAUGUGUCUAAAGGGCCUGAUGGAGAGCCCAAGGCCACAUGCAGGAAUAUAGCAAGGCGCAGAAUGAGAAGGAGCUAUACUUUAACCAAGUGAGUCUAGAGAGCACAGGAGGGUCUGGGUAAUGGCUUGUGCCAGACAGAAGCACCUCUGACCUAGUGACAGGCCAAGUCUUUUCUCUGUUGUCCUCAGCGCAGGGAUGGUAGAAACUAACCCUCUCCUCUCAUGGCUUCAGAGGUCACCAGGGCAGAAGGGAUGGGAAGCUGUCAUUGCCUAAGGCUUUUAAGACAAGGCAGGAAGAUCUGAAUGUGUUUGUGUUGAAAGUUGUUGACCAAAUUUUCAAGCAUUUCAUUUCAGAAGAAAAACAGGACAAACCAGCAUUUCAUUUUGCCCUAGAUGAACAGAUUAUUGUCCUCUAAAACUUAGGACUGUUCAGCAACUAAAGGCACACCUCACCUCUCUCCUCCAGAGAGCCCUGUCUAGGAGCUCCUCAGUAGUAGCCCCUCAGUAGGAUGGAACAUGUAGUAAUGGCUGCUGAGCCCUGUGCUGCCGAUGACUCAUACCUUGUCCCUAGCUACAGGUCACAAUCCGUGAGAAAAGUAAAUGGUGACUGGCAAGUACAUAAAAAGGAAAAGUGCUAAAGGAGACUGAGCCACAGGAGGGGAAGCCUCAAGGAGGAGCAGAGCGUGUUUUCAAGGGUAAGCAGGGGUGGGUCCAAGGAGGAAACAGGAGAGAUGAGGGAAGCCUCGGCUUCGGGAACAGAAGGUCUUUGAAGGGAUGAAGCCAGCCUCAGAAGUGUGCACUGGCACCUUGAGUGAAAUGGGGCUGUGGAUGGUUGCACUGAGCAGGGUUACAAGGUACUUGGCUGGCUCUGCCCGUCCUCAUGGUGUCCUUUAAGGCCUUCAGUGGGUCUCCCAUGUGGCUAAGCUUCUGACUGAUGCUGCUGUGGCUCAUAGCAGGUCUAGGCAUUAUUGGCCUCAGCAGCCACCCCAUAAACCCUGGAGCUCAUUUUCUGAGUUGAGUAUGCCAUGUGAAUGGAGCUGGCUGCCAUUUACCAAAAUUGAGGUAUUAUUCUACUUAGUCUCAAGGCCUGUCUGGCUCUGGUUCCAACCUGUGGAAAGCUGAGCUCUGGCUCACAAUCCCCAGACUGCUAGCCAUGUCUAAUGUACCCACCCAUCCCAACUCCCAAAUAGGAAAAGCCAAUCUCAUUUAGAAAACAAAAAUAUGUUGGCUUAUCCAUAAGUCAAAGUUCACCACCCCUGGUGGCUGUCAAGGACUAAGCCAAGAACACCCAUCACCUCUUAGCUAGCAUAACUCCCACAAGUACCUGUCCUGCAGGGCAGGGCCUCUUCCCACUUCAUCCUGCUAGAUUACAGUUUAGUAGGAACAGUGAAGAAAGGGGGUGGCACCUCCUUGAGACUUGCCAGUCUGUGAAAUGGGAUGGUCACAGCUGAUACUCUGCUGCUGUAAGAAACUGGGUGAUCCUUUGAAGGUCUGGGUUACUGGGGAAGAGCAGCACACAGAACGUUAGUUCAUUAGCUGCCUCCCUCUCUAUCUGAUUUUGCUGAUAGCUACAUUGACUCCAUGAAAAGAAGCCACAUUCCCAGAACAGAAGCACAACCCUUCUGAAGUUACUGGAACAAGGGUUCAGGUCCCAUCUGCCUUUGGGCCCUUUAUCUAUCAGCAGCUAGAGUCCCAGCCACAGCUCCCUCCUCUCCCUGCAGCAGAGCUUUGCAAGCUAUGAGAGGAAGUGGCUCUUCCUUUCCAUUUGGGCCUUUGGCUGUAACUGUAAAUUGCAGGGAAGCAGGCUGACCUUAGAGGGCCAUAUUUCUGGGACUUCCUAUAUUUGCGGUCUUGGAAAGGCAGGAACAGCCAGACUUGCCAAGGGCGCCUGCUGAUAAUUUGUGCUGUCAUGGUAUCUGGUGGUGUGUGUUCUUGUGUAAUCUGUUGGCUACUUGUGUCUUGAAAUUUAGAAUCAUUUUGUUACUAUUUGUUGGGAAAAAAAAUGAAAUAGAAGCAGCCUAGUUUUACAUCGUGUCUUGUUACCAUAUAAGAUUGACAUUUAAUUUUUCAAGUCAUUGUUGGUGCCUAAUCACUUAAGUUAUUAAUUUAUUCUGUUUUCAAAAAAAUGUAACAUAUUUAUCUUGUGAAGUCUGGGGGUGGGGUGGGAAAUGUGUUCAACUGAGUCUUGUUUCACAGUGGUAACAAAUGGUACAGGCCUGGAGCUUGCAGGUCCCUUUUUAUUAUGGUGUAGAAGCGGACAAUAAAGUCCUUUAGAAAUGCAA